AUGCAAGGUCAUCACCAGAAUCAUCAUCAACAGUUAUCAUCAGCCUCCGCCACGUCUUCUCAUGGAAACUUCAUGAACAAAGAUGGGUAUGAUCUUGGAGAGAUAGACCCAUCACUCUUCCUCUAUCUUGAUGGACAAGGACAUCAUGAUCCUCCAACAACUGCUCCUUCUCCUUUACCUCAUCAUCACACAACCCAGAAUUUGGCGAUGAGACCUCCAACAUCGACGCUCAACAUCUUCCCAUCUCAGCCGAUGCACAUAGAGCCACCUUCUUCUUCUUCUACACCCAAUAUUGAUAAUACAAGAUUGGUUUCGGCUGCUGCACCUAGUGGUUCAACUCGACCAUCUUCUGAGCCGUCCAUGGACUUGACCAAUCACUCUCAGUUUCAACUUCCUCAACCUUCUAAAUCCAUCAAGAAAGAAGGGAACCGCAAGGGUCCUGCCUCAUCGGACCAUGACAUACCAAAAACAUCUGACCCCAAGGCAUAUGUUCAGCAACUUGAGUCAUGUAGGAUUAAGCUGACACAACUAGAACAGGAGAUUCAACGGGCCAGAUCCCAAGGCGUAUUCUUCGGAGGGUCUUUUACAGGAGGAGAUCAACAGCAAGGCGGACUACCCAUUGGUCCCGGCCAAACCAGCUCUGAAGCAGCGGUGUUCGAUAUGGAAUACUCGAGAUGGCUGGAGGAGCAGCAGAGGCUGUUAACCGAACUGAGGGUGGCGACGCAAGAGCAUUUGGCCGAGAACGAGCUUCGGAUGUUUGUGGACGCUUGUCUAACUCACUAUGACCAUUUGAUUAACCUCAAGGCCAUGGUGGCUAAGACCGAUGUGUUCCACCUCAUUUCUGGCGCUUGGAAAACUCCAGCCGAGCGUUGCUUUUUGUGGAUGGGUGGUUUCCGUCCGUCUGAGAUCAUUAAGGUAAUUGUGAACCAGAUAGAACCAUUGACUGAGCAACAGAUAGUUGGGAUUUGUGGACUGCAACAGUCCACACAAGAGGCCGAAGAGGCUCUCUCGCAGGGCCUUGAGGCACUGAACCAAUCGCUUUCCGAUAGUAUUGUAUCUGACUCUCUCUCGCCAGCCUCAGCACAACUUCCUCCUCAUCUAUCAAAUUUCAUGUCACACAUGUCCCUAGCUCUCAACAAGCUCUCUGCUCUCGAGGGUUUCGUGCUUCAGGCGGAUAAUUUGAGGCAUCAAACGAUCCAUAGGUUGAACCAAUUGUUGACGACCCGUCAAGAAGCACGGUGUCUUCUAGCGGUUGCGGAGUACUUUCACCGUCUUCAGGCUCUAAGUUCUCUCUGGCUAGCUCGUCCGCGCCAAGACGGAUGA